AUUUUUUCCUCUCCCUUUGGAUUCCUUCCCUAAUUCCCUUUCUUCCUCGUCGGCGUUCCCUUUACCUAUUCCAAACCCUAGCGUUCCAUCCUCGGCCUCCUUCCUCUCCGUCCAUGGACUUUGCCGCGAUUUGUAUUAGGGUUUGCCUUCAUCUUUGCAUGCGCUAGCGAGCGGCUCUGCCCUCUUUGCCUUGCCAUGGAGGGCUCGGUGGACGACCCCAGCGCCCCGGACUCGUGGGAGAUGGCGGAUCUUGACGCCAGCAUGAGACGGCUCCUUCUCUCCACCAAGAAGAGCUCAGCCUCGUCGAGUCCGCCACCUGACUCCGUGGAGGAAGAGGAAGUGGCGGUUGCAGCCCCGCCACUUGCCUCGUUCGAUUCUUCCGAUCAAGUUGGAGGUGUCCCGGUGGACUCGGUGAGCCAGGUGGAUCAGUUCCUUCGAGAGGCUUUGGAGAAGCCCCGGGAGCGACUGGCGAUUUUGAGGAUGGAACAAGAUGUUGAGAAGUUCAUCCGUGAUCCUACUCAACAUCAACUGGAAUUUCAGGAACUCCCAAAUUCUUACCUUAGAUUAGCUGCACACCGUGUUGCUCAACAUUAUUACCUUCAAUCUAUUGCCAUACCUGACAAUAGCAUGCCAGAUGGAUCUGGUUCUGGAAUUUUGCUUUGUAAAUCUUCUAUGAACUGUAGGCUACCUCCAGUUCGUCUUGCUGAUAUUCCUGUCAAUCUACCACAAGAAGAUAAUGGCGGCCUGCUUAAAGUUGCAAUCAAGCAAAGGCCUAAGCAGCAUUCACAAAAUAUAAGAAAUGCAAAUUCCCAGUCAUCUAGAACUAAUUACCAAAAAAGUGUUGAAGAAAGAAAAGAAGAGUAUAACCGAGCACGUGCCCGGAUAUUCAAUAGCAAUGAGAGCACGAGUACAGUUUCUGGUCAAGAAGACAAAAUAAAGUUACCUGAUAUUAUUAAAGACACAUUUCUAUCUGCAAGGCCAGACAAAAAAUCUGUGAUUGAAGGAUCUGGAAAUUAUCAUGGAAGGACUUCCAGUGAUUCUGCUUCAAGUAGCAGCAGAGUAAGCAGAAUUAAGAUAGAGAGAGAUCCAGUUGCUAGUAGACCAAAGGUGAACAAUAAAGUUGCUAUAUUCCGUGAUCGUGAUGUGGAUAGUAAGGAUCCUGAUUAUGAUAGAAGCUAUGACAGGUGCAUGCAAAGGUUUGAUCCUGGUUUUGGAUUCAAUGGACCUUAUGCUAUUCAGCCACUGUAUUCCCCCACUGUUACCUACAAUACAGAAUUCCCACAGCUUGGAUCUGGUCACCUAGUGCAAACUCCUCUGGACCACCAACGUGGGCCCAUCCCUUCACAUCUACUUGGACCACGAUUAUCACCUCCAGUCCCUAAGUUUGGUCCUCCUGAAAGUAUGAUGCCGCCAUACAGUUCCAACCCUGCCCGAGCUCACUCUACUGCACCCCUCUACAUGAACUCGUCUCAAUAUUCUGUGCCUACACAUCCUGGAAUGUCUUUCCCUCAUCGUAAUGGACCCAUUCAAACUUUCACACAGGCUCAUCUGCAGCAACCUGACUCAAGGUUUGGAUUGGCCCGGCCCCGUUAAGGGGCUAGGGCAUGCCUGUGCCUGCCAGCACAAUUUCUGAGCUCCAUAACAAAUGACACAAGCUGGCAGGAGUAUCACAGGCAAAUGGAACCAAGGAGGUGGCCGAGUCACAAUUAAUGGAACCCAAUGACUCUGGAUCGUAGCUUCCUUGGAUUUUCUAUGGUCCCUGCACAUCUGAUGCAGUUGUUACUAGCAUUUUGUUUCCGGUGCUCUGGAUCGUCAUGCAGGCUGGCUACUGAAAAGAUCUGUUUGCUGUUACCGCAACAUGAGAAGAAGCUUAUAAGUUGCAGCCAGAAUGCAGUUUACUUGGAACACACAUGUCCUGAUGCCACUUUAUCCUAUAACGAUAGGGAGAAACCUUGGUGGAAGGAGAAACCUUGGUGGAAGGAGCACCUUUAUAUAGUUCCUCAAGUCUAUGCAGCUGAAAACCUUUCAUCAAGAUAUGUGCUUUCUUGUUAAGCUCAUAUGAACUUACCUGGACUACUGGUCUGCGAUGAAAUGAAGUGAAUAAGCACAUCAUGCUGAUGUUUUUACACUCAAUGGAAUAGAACCUAGUUGCCUAAUGAACAUUUUAGUUAAUGCUAGUUGUCUUUGUAGUUUGAUGGUGAACGUGUUGUUCAUUUCCUAUUCGUCUAAAUGUGACAGAAUUGUCUGACGGGGGGUGUCCUUUUUCAUCUAUUGCAAGUAUGAUUAAAUUCAGGGAAA